CCUGAUUCACGGGAAACGAGAUAACCUUCCUGAUUGUACAUGGUUAUUUUUUUUCUUUCCGCGAGUCUUCAUGGCACGGCAGCCGCAUACAGAUUGAGUCUGCGCGGUGAACGGCCGAGAAAAGGAUCCCGUGUUCGCUCCCCCACAACUACUCGAUCUCGUCAGUUGUUUUUCUCACCUCUAGAGUUCUGCUUGCGAUAAAACUGGUUAUAUAAUAAAGCGGCGCCAAUUCUGAGACCUGACAUCGCAGGGUGCGUUGUAGCUUUCGCCAGAAGACAGUCGAGAUGAUGAUGGCACCGCAACAAGUCGCCGUUGGUGUUAUGCUGCUCGUGGUGUGUUUUACAGGUGGGUGCCGAGCACAGCUCAAGGACGGCUGCAGGAUAGAGACCCUGCGUGAGUGCGGCGACGACUUCGUGCCCUACGGCAAGCGUACGGAGCUUCCCGCCACCGGACAGCCGUUCACGCAGAAGUGCGAGAAUGAAAAGCGACAGAUCGAAUGCAGCCUCAAGUUCGUCGAUGACUGCCUGAAGCGUCUGCCAAAGACAGCUACUUCACUGGCGCUUAAGACGUUGAAGGAAGACAUAACUGCCAUCUGUACUCCGGGCUCCAAUCUAUACAAUGAUUACCAGAAAGCCAUCAGCUGCAUGAACACCGUUGGUACAAAAAUCAACGCCUGCUUGAGAGGUCUCCACGGCGGUUUGGAAAGAGCCGUUGUCAAGGCGCCUACCAAAGAAGUCAUCCACUAUGCCUGUUGCUCGUAUGGUGACGUGGAGGAAUGCCUCGGCAAGGCCCUGACGCAGUGCGAACGUGUUGGCGCCAAGCAGCUCACGUUUGGCCUGCUGCAGCACGUUUUCGGCGAGACCCUGAGUCUGGUGUGCGACGACUACACCAAGGGAUCGCAGGCUUGCGAGUCUCUGCCGAAACUGCCCGCGCUCGGCCCCACAGACCGCAAGGUCGAGAACUACAUCGAGCUCCUCAUCGAGGCUGCAAGCACGAUCGGUCGCAAAAACUAGCGCAACGAACGAACUCCGACGCGUUUCGUGCAAUUUUUUCGCUUUUGUUUACACAAAUAUUUUCUUUAGACUUCGUCUUUACAUUACUUUGUUUGAGCCAGGACACCUAUGCGCGGGGCACUCUUAAUACUACGUUGAUGCGACAAUAUUUGCACGCAAAGCACAGAUCGCCGAAGAAACAGACUUGACCAGGAUCGCUGCUUGCCUGCUGAAUUUACGUUUGAUUGUCUCUUAGGUGUUUUAAUUUAAUGCACAUAGUUGCCUUAGAAGUAUGCAGCGCGGGACGUAUGUUCCCGAGCGUGGUGGUGUGAGGUCAUCCGAAUCUGGAUAUUCACCUUUUGCGCUAUCCACGAUAAGCUGGUGGAGCUCGGCACUACGAAAGAGGAUUUGGAAGGUGCGUGCUGUGUGAAUCUAUUUCUAAAUUAUAAAUUUAGCGUCUGCUUGGAUUUAUGUCCUAUCUCUAGCACCGAAAGACUUUCAGUGAAUAUGGAACAAAUUACUUUUGAACGGCAGCCAAUUUUAGUCUACAGAAGCUGCAGAACUUGCAAAGAGGGUAAUUCAGAACUCCGCGACACCUUUGUUGAUUCCAACCAAUAGUUUCUCCUGACGUAGACCGUUGAUAAAAGUGAUAUCUUAAUUUUGUCACUUUGGCCACUUUGGAUGGCUGGAAAAUCUCGCACAAUAUACAAUGGCACAUAGCCAGUGACCCAUGCUGUGGACCAGCCACUCGGCAACUGAAAAGACAACUCGAAAGGCCGCUGUGCACCACCAAUCAUAAAUCUCGUUUCACCGACAGCAGGCGCAACAUUAGCUAUCACAUACUGCUGAGUAGUGGAGAAAAUUCAAUAGGGCAGACGGGAGAGUGUUUCAAUGACGGAGCUCGUCAGCACAACAUUAACGUAAAGAAUGGCUAUGAGAGUCAUUUAGUGGGACAUUGUAACAAGUGUUCCUGCACUGCCGUAUUUGAAACAAAAAAAUCAUAGGGAGAGGUAAAGGUAAAAGGGAAAGGGAAACAAUAGAGGCAUAUUGCAUUAGAAAGGAAAGAGAUAAAUGUGUAAGUGCUACCUCUCUUGCCUUAUCGGAAAACGAAAUAGUUUUUUUGCAUUAAAGAUUAUGAUGCAGCUUAUUUUGCCUAUAUAUAUGCGACGGGUGUACGCAUGCCUAUGCUGCAAAAGGUAUAAAAUGGCUGGACAGUUUCAAAUAGACAACUGAAUGUCGCUGAAUAGGCUACUUCUAGUCGGAUGCUGUCUGUCCGAACUUGCAGCCAGGAUACUAGGCAUGGGGGUGAGGGGAGAGGGGUUUGCUGUGGAGUUUCAACUGGGGUGCAUUGACUACAGCAAGUUACACUGCGUCGUGGUAUCAUUCAGCAUUGUGGUUGCAAGAGAGAUUGCCGCUUUUUGUGUCUGCUCAUGGGCCCGAAAAGCUUUGUGGUUCACGGGUAGCAUGGCGACGUGCAGGACGGUUACACAAAAAAGCCAUCGCUGAUUUUGAGAAUAAUCUUCCAUGACAGAUAUUUGGAAAAACUACGCACUCUUACGCAAGCGUGUAAACGCGUGUCACAUAGUAAUUGGAACGUCUACCCAUCCAUGCAGAAUAAUCUAAAUUGCAAGAGUUCGUUGACUGCCAUGAGGCAUCUCUUGCUCUUUAUGUAUUGAGAAUCGAUGCAGUAGGCGUAGCACCCUCCUUUCAUUUACGGAAUCUUAAUGUGGCACGGGCCACAUUAAGCUUUAGCUCGGGCCCAACUACGAUGCGGCCUAAGGAAAUACAUGUAAAACACAAAAACGCUUUCCUGAGAUAACCCCAGGACCGAUUUUAAUGAAAUUUGUUGCAUUUGAGAGAGGAAGUUAAGUUCUAGUGACUGUUGGAAGCGGAAAUUCGAUUUAGGGCCUGAAUUUUGUUAAAUUAAUUUUAAGGAAUUCACAUGUUCGAAAGAAAUAGACGCACGAUGUUAAUAAAUUAAUAGCGCUGCAUCAAGAACAGACAUCGCGAGUCUGUAAACAGCAUCCAUUAGAUCAUUCAAAGCGGGCAAAGUAAAUAUGUCAAUUUUUAUCUUACGUGAAAUUGUUACGUUGUGUACAAGGGUUCUGCAAAAGCUUUAUUUCCUUAUUAUUGACUUCUUUUAGGUUCAUGUGUAACACAUAAAUUUUGUCCGCUUUACAUGUACUAUCAGGUGCAAUUCACAGAAUUGUGAUAUCAUAUUUUCUUGCUGAGUUCCUGUUUUAAACUUGACAGUUUCGAUAUUUGCCAAUUUGUAAUAAAGAAAUUGAUGAUCUAAAUAAAAAAAUAGAAACUAGCAAAUAGAAUAGAAUAGAAAAAUAAAAAAUUGAAAAUAGAAUUUGGGGAUGCCAUUGAGUGCUCCCCUUAGUCAUGUUACUCACAUAUGCUUCUUUUGUAUGGUGAUUUUCUUUCUCACAUUUUGUAUUCACCCACUCCUGCAAUAGCCCUUCCGGGCUGCAGUAUUUGUAAAUAAAAAAAAUAAAUAAACACUGACUAGAUUUUAAGUUUUUCUUUUAGAUGCACCAAACUUCGAUAAAUUUGGUGCAGUGGUUGGUGAGAAAAAUGAAUUCUCCUUUUACGUGGGCUUAGAGAGGAGCCCUGGAGCUAAAGCUUCCUUUUAAGAAAAAACUGGGCACAGAUAUUGGUCGCAUUCUGUCACAAGUUGCUUUUCUUGUUAAGAGUGUUGCUCUUGGUGGUAGCUUUGCCGAGGUUGAGUCAGUGGUCGCGUAAGAAAGUGGUGUCAAGCGAAAUGCCGCACACCAUUUCAUUCUAGAUAGCCUGCCGCAGAUAUCCGAGAUGUUACCAAGGCAAGCCGUCGUAGGUCUUGCGUUUCUCAAGGCAUUUGUGAUCGGCAAGUUCUUGACUUGAUCACUGUUUUCAUUUACAUUGAUUUUCUUUCGUGCGGACUUUUUGAAUGCGACACUGCAAGUUCUUCUUUUCUUUUGUCGUGCUGUUGACAUCCUCUCCUCACUCUAUGGAGGCAAUAAAUAAAUUAGUUUAUGUAAUUA